GUGUCAUCUUUGACUGUUGGAGACUGGAAGUCAAAGUCUUUCUUCCUUGAUAUAAACGUUCAAUAGGGAGCAUCAUGAAGUACGUCCUUCUCUGCACAGCAUUUUUUCUGCUUUGUGGCUUUUCCUUCCCGAGACCCAUCUUGGAAGUGAAACCCCUUGUGAAACUGACUCAGAAGUUUAUAGAGGAUUACAUUAAUAAGUUCUUCCCAUCCAACUUACCCAAUCGUACACUGGAAGAUGGACUCAAGGAAAUGCAAAACUUCUUCCAUAUGACUGUAACUGGGAAGAUAGAUCCUUCAAUAACAGAGAUUAUGACGAAGUCUCGGUGUGGUCUGCCAGAUGUGGCAGAAUUCCGCAGAAGCUCAGUAUGGAACAAGAAAGACCUGACUUACAGGAUUAAGAAUUAUACUCCAGACCUACCUAAAUCCAAAGUGGAUGAAAUCAUUAAAAAAGCAUGGGAAGUAUGGAGUGCCGUGACGCCGUUGACGUUCCGAAAAGUUAGCAGACUGGCCGAUAUUGAGAUUUUGUUCGCAUCUGGUGCCCAUGGUGAUGGUAAUUCCUUUGAUGGAAGAGGAGGAAUUUUGGCUCAUGCUUUUUUUCCUGGACGUGGCAUAGGAGGAGAUGCCCAUUUUGAUGAGAGCGAGCAGUGGUCAGAAUCCAACAAAGAAAUCAACUUCUUCCUUGUUGCUGCACAUGAAUUUGGUCAUUCCUUGGGGCUGGAACAUACAAAUGUUCGUGGGGCCUUAAUGUACCCUACCUAUUCGUAUGUGAACCCAACAACCUUCCGUCUUCAUGACGAUGAUAGGCAAAGGAUACAGCGUUUAUAUGGACCAAAAGAAUAAGAACCUUGAACAUAUCCCAAAAUGAAGUGUAUUGCAUUUUGCACUUCUUGAGCUUGUUUUUGAAAGUUAUGCAUUUAACAGUGUGAAUUCGAUUUACUUUUGAAAUGGCCAAGAGGA